AUGGUAACACCGCCAUAUGGCAAGCAAGUGUUAGUUGGCAAUUGGAUGGAUCGUCGCUACACCUCUGAUGAAAAGACUAAUGGCAUUUUGCCGGGACUAAGUCCAUGCGAUCACUGCGAACAGCAUCGCUCCCUCAGCCAGGACACCUACACGAAUAAGCGACAGGACAGGGUCGAAUUAGAGCGCUAUUUCGUGGAGAAGCGCGCAACGCAAAAUCGUCACUUUUACGAGGCGACCACAUCGAAUGUCAAGCUAAUGGAUACAGACGAGCUUAGGGACAACUAUACAACGACCAAUACUUUAGUCUACGAUCUGUUGCCACGGCUGCGUCAGGAGCUGGCCUCAACGAAAUCGCAGCCAGCCCGUGGACGAUCAGAUACGGAUAUGUUGCAGUGCUUUGGUAAUCUCACACAGACUCGGAACUUUGCCAAGCAAUUCGAAUACGAACGGAUCUUGGACAAGCAGAAUCACAUGCAAACCUCAUACAGCUCUGCUGUGGGCGGCGGCGGUGGUGGAGCAACGCCAUUGGGCGUGGCCGCCAACGCAUGUCCUGCAUGCGGAUGCGGCGGAUGCGCCGAUGGCGGCGGCGGCAACGUUAUCGACAACGUCACCGUCUGCGGCGCUGCCACCGUUGGGGCGUGUGUCGAUGUGGGCGGUGCUGUUGCGGCUCCCGCGGAAGUGAUAUGA